AGUAUGGACAGAAUAGCCUAUGAUGCUCAGCCCCGCCCACCGCUUCCGAGACAUUGAGCGCAAACCCGAGUACCUGCGGCCGGAGAAGUGCGUCCCGCCUCCCCGCCCCGGCCCCGCGGGCGCCAUGUGGUUCAUCCGAGACGGCUGUGGCAUCGCCUGUGCCGCCGUCACCUGGUUCCUGGUCCUCUACGCGGAGUUCGUGGUCCUCUUCGUCAUGCUCGUACCCUCGGGAGACUACGCCUACAGCGUCGUCAACGGGAUCGUGUUCAACCUGCUAGCCUUCCUGGCCCUGGCCUCCCACUGCCGGGCCAUGCUGACGGACCCUGGGGCCGUGCCCAAGGGAAAUGCCACCAAAGAGUUCAUCGAGAGCCUACAGCUCAAGCCCGGCCAGGUGGUCUACAAGUGUCCCAAGUGCUGCAGCAUCAAGCCGGACCGAGCCCACCACUGCAGCGUGUGCAAGCGGUGCAUCCGCAAGAUGGACCACCACUGCCCGUGGGUGAACAACUGCGUGGGCGAGAACAACCAGAAAUACUUCGUCCUGUUUACAAUGUACAUCGCUCUCAUCUCCCUGCACGCGCUCGUCAUGGUGGGCUUCCACUUCCUGCACUGCUUCGAGGAGGACUGGACGAAUAUCCUCCAAGCGUACGGAGCGGCCGGGAAAGCGAGCGCAGAGGCCCGGGCCUCCCUCCGCCACACGAGGCCGCCCCUCGCAGGCGGUCCCGCAGAGUGCAGCUCGUUCUCGCCGCCCGCCACGGUCAUCCUGCUCAUCCUGCUGUGCUUCGAGGCGCUGCUCUUCCUCAUCUUCACUUCGGUGAUGUUCGGCACGCAGGUGCACUCCAUCUGCACGGACGAGACGGGAAUAGAGCAGUUGAAAAAGGAAGAGAGAAGAUGGGCUAAAAAAACAAAGUGGAUGAACAUGAAAGCCGUGUUCGGCCACCCCUUCUCCCUGGGCUGGGCCAGUCCCUUUGCCACGCCAGACCACGGGAAGGCAGACCCGUACCAGUACGUGGUCUAGCAGCCUGGCCACGCACACACACCUGGCCCCCAGCCGCCGUGGCACGCGUGGCUCGCGCAGAGACGACUCCUCCUCCCGAGGAGAAAACACAAAAGCGAGUUUUCUGUGAGGUCUCAAGGCCCAUGGCGGGCGGUGGCGGAGCACACCCGCCCACCGCGCCACGGUUGUUUUUCUCCUCACUGCUGGCUUUUUCCAGCUCGCCUCCGGCGGGUGUGAGUUUGCACGCUCGCCCCGUGUCUGCGGGAGCGGAGGCUGCACCCCCCCUCACAAAUCACUCCUCUGGCCCCCGAUCGCCCCCUCCGCGCUCUCUUCCGGACUCAUGACUAACGCUGGGGGGGGGAUCCGGUGGUGGGACCCGACCUGGACGGACGGCCCCGGGGUGGGGGGGAGAGCCAAGGGGGGGGCCUCGACCCCUCCCCCCCUCUGUCCCCCUCCAUGGGACCUUCCUCCUCGGAGACCACGCCUGACCCGGCCAGCCCGGGCUCGGGGCCAGGAGGGGCCCCCCGAGCAGGGGGGGGUGCAGGGUUCCAGGCAGCCCUGGGCUCCCCGCCUUCUCUGUACGCUCCCUCGAUGAUGUGACACCCACCACGCGUUGCACAGCCCCCCCUCCCCGGCCCAGGGUGAGCCGGGAAGCCCGGGCGGGGGGGGGGGGGUUCGGGGGUUCUUCACACGGACAGACGGCCGCCUCCGCGCCGACGCUCGCGCGCAGACCCCCUCGCUCUCCUGCGGGGGGGGCGGGAUGGGGGGCGCCCACCCCCACCCCUGGGCCCUCCGCGCGGAGUUCUUUUUUAAAAA